CUGUCGCCCAAAAAUUCCAUUUCCAUAUCCACCCCCUCAAACACACACACAUACACACGCACACACACACACUCUCUCUCUCUGUGUCUGUGUCUAUAUAUAAUAAGUCCCUCACCACCCUCUUCACCUCCUCGACUCUCUCGUAUAUUUUCCUUUCUUUAUUCGCACCGCCAAAAGAGCUUCCAUUUUUCUCUUUUUUCUUUUUUUUUUUUUUUUUUUUGUUUCUCUGUGGUUGUGGUUUUGUUGUGAAGGUUAGAAGAGGCAUGGGGGCGGCACUUCUCCCAGAUCUCGGGACGGAGAUACUGAUCCCGAUUUGUGCGGUGAUUGGAAUCGGAUUCUCUCUGGUUCAGUGGUUCUUGGUCUCCAAGGUUAAGGUUUCUCCUGCCAGAGAUUCCCACAACAACAACAACAACAACAACAACAAGAAUGGAUAUGCCGACUACCUCAUCGAGGAAGAAGAAGGCCUUAACGACCACAACGUCGUCCUCAAGUGCGCCGAAAUCCAGAACGCCAUUUCUGAAGGAGCCACUUCCUUUCUUUUUACUGAAUACCAGUAUGUUGGUGUUUUCAUGGUUGCUUUUGCAAUCUUGAUUUUUGUUUUCCUUGGCUCUGUGGAGGGUUUCAGCACAAGCAGCCAGCCAUGCUCUUUUGACCCAUCGAAGCUUUGCAAGCCAGCUCUUGCCACUGCAGUCUUCAGCACCAUAUCCUUUUUGCUUGGUGCUAUUACUUCAGUGGUUUCUGGCUUUCUUGGAAUGAAAAUUGCUACCUAUGCAAAUGCCAGAACCACCUUGGAGGCAAGAAAAGGUGUUGGGAAGGCAUUUAUCACUGCAUUUAGAUCUGGUGCCGUAAUGGGUUUUCUUCUUGCUGCAAAUGGUCUAUUGGUUCUUUACAUUACAAUUAAUCUCUUCAAGAUAUACUAUGGUGAAGACUGGGGUGGCCUUUUCGAAUCUAUAACUGGGUAUGGACUUGGUGGAUCUUCCAUGGCUCUCUUUGGAAGAGUUGGUGGUGGUAUCUAUACUAAGGCUGCUGAUGUUGGUGCUGAUCUUGUUGGCAAGGUUGAAAGGAACAUCCCUGAGGAUGACCCAAGGAACCCAGCUGUGAUUGCUGAUAAUGUUGGUGACAAUGUGGGUGAUAUCGCUGGCAUGGGCUCUGAUCUUUUUGGCUCUUAUGCUGAGUCAUCCUGUGCUGCUCUUGUUGUCGCUUCUAUCUCUUCCUUUGGGAUCAACCACGAGUUGACUGCAAUGUUAUAUCCUCUCACAAUCAGUUCUGUUGGUAUUCUUGUUUGCUUGAUCACUACGUUAUUCGCAACUGAUGUCUUUGAGAUAAAGGCUGUGAAGGAAAUUGAACCAGCAUUAAAGAAACAACUUAUCAUUUCCACUGUUCUGAUGACUUUUGGAAUUGCAAUUGUUUCUUGGAUUGCACUUCCAUCUUCCUUCACCAUUUUCAAUUUUGGAACACAGAAGGUUGUAAAGAACUGGCAGCUGUUCUUAUGUGUUGCUGUUGGUCUGUGGGCUGGGCUUAUCAUUGGUUUUGUAACAGAGUAUUACACAAGCAAUGCGUACAGCCCUGUGCAAGAUGUUGCUGAUUCCUGCCGGACUGGAGCUGCCACCAAUGUCAUUUUUGGUCUUGCAUUGGGAUACAAAUCUGUUAUUAUUCCUAUUUUUGCCAUUGCAGUUAGCAUAUUUGUUAGUUUUAGCUUUGCUGCUAUGUAUGGUAUUGCUGUUGCUGCACUUGGAAUGCUAAGUACCAUAGCUACUGGAUUGGCCAUUGAUGCAUAUGGUCCAAUCAGUGACAAUGCUGGAGGUAUUGCUGAGAUGGCAGGCAUGAGCCACAGAAUCCGUGAGAGGACUGAUGCCCUUGAUGCUGCAGGAAACACCACUGCUGCCAUUGGCAAGGGUUUUGCUAUUGGUUCUGCUGCUCUGGUGUCCCUAGCCCUUUUUGGUGCCUUUGUGAGCCGUGCAUCAAUCUCAACGGUUGAUGUCUUGACUCCAAAAGUGUUCAUUGGUUUGAUUGUGGGUGCUAUGCUUCCUUAUUGGUUCUCUGCCAUGACAAUGAAGAGUGUGGGAAGUGCAGCUUUAAAGAUGGUUGAGGAAGUGCGCAGACAGUUCAACACCAUCCCAGGUCUCAUGGAGGGUACUACCAAGCCUGACUAUGCAACAUGUGUUAAGAUCUCAACUGAUGCUUCCAUCAAGGAGAUGAUCCCACCUGGUGCCCUUGUCAUGCUGACACCCCUCAUCGUUGGUAUCUUUUUUGGUGUGGAGACUCUUUCUGGUGUCCUCGCUGGGUCUCUCGUCUCUGGUGUGCAGAUUGCUAUCUCUGCAUCCAACACCGGUGGUGCAUGGGAUAACGCCAAGAAAUAUAUUGAGGCUGGAGCCUCAGAGCAUGCAAGAACCCUUGGUCCAAAAGGAUCAGAUCCACAUAAAGCAGCUGUUAUCGGUGACACCAUUGGUGACCCACUGAAAGACACAUCUGGGCCAUCACUCAACAUCCUCAUUAAGCUAAUGGCCGUCGAGUCGCUUGUUUUCGCUCCUUUCUUUGCUACCCAUGGUGGCCUGCUUUUCAAGAUCUUCGAUUUUUCCGACCAACCAGGUUUUCUUUUUCUCUGUGCCUCGACUAUGCCACUCUCCGUCUCCCUCUCUCCUCUCCACCCAUUACCUCCGAAUCCCUCUCUCUCUCCUCUCUCUCUCCCUCUUACUCCACCACCCCAACCUCUUUCUCUGACUUCCAAUACCCAAACUUUCUCCCUCCGUUAUCGUCCCCUCAAAAUCCAAUCCCUCGACGCUGCUCAACCCUACGACUACGAGUCCAAAAUAGCAGCCGAUUUCCACACCUCAAAUAAGCUCAAGAUUGCCAUUCUUGGCUUCGGCAACUACGGUCAAUUCCUAGCUCGGACCCUCGUUCGUCAAGGCCAUACAGUACUUGCCCAUUCCCGAUCCGAUCACUCCCAUGUCGCUCGCCAACUGGGCGUCUCUUUCUUUGCCGACCCAAAUGACCUCUGCGAAGAACAUCCAGAAGUCAUUUUGCUCUGCAGUUCCAUUCUUUCUACCGAGCUGGUCCUCAAGUCUCUGCCACUGCAGAGAUUGAAGCGCAAUACGUUGAUUGUGGAUGUUCUGUCAGUUAAAGAGUUUCCCAAGAAUUUGUUGCUUAAUCUGUUGCCUAAUGAUUUCGAUCUCAUUUGUACACAUCCGAUGUUUGGACCCCAAAGUGCUCGAAAUGGGUGGAAUGGGCUCUACUUUGUGUACGAGAAGGUUCGAGUUGGGACCGAGGAAUCGAGGAUCUCAAGGUGCGAGAAGUUCCUCAACAUUUUUGCUAAAGAAGGGUGCAAAAUGGUGGAGAUGAGUUGUUCUGAUCAUGACAAAUAUGCCGCAGAAUCACAGUUUAUUACUCACACCAUUGGGAGGGUGUUGAAUGAGUUGAAGUUGGAGUCGACUCCGAUUAAUACAAAAGGUUAUGAGGCUUUGUUGGACUUGGUGGAGAACACUGCUGGUGACAGCUUUGAUUUGUAUUAUGGGUUGUUUAUGUACAUUAACAAAGCUUUGGAGAUGUUGGAGAGGUUGGAUUUGGCUUUCGAGGCUUUGAAGAAACAGCUUGUUGGGCGUUUGCAUGGUGCUGUGAGGAAGCAAUUGUUUGGGAAUGCAGAGGGGGCACGGAUUAAGCUUGAGAGUUACUUGGCGGCACAGCAUGGUUCGAAUGGGGCUGCUGCUUCGGCCUCUUCCUCCAAGGGAAUGAGGUUUCAGAAUGUCGACCCAUCCAUUUACAAGAGAGCACAAAUCGUCAAACACUUGGAUGAUGAUUCAAAGCUCAAGAUUGCAAUAAUUGGAUUUGGCAACUUUGGACAGUUCCUUGCUAAAACCAUUGUCCGCCAAGGCCACACAGUUUUAGCUUAUUCUCGAACAGACUACUCUGAUGUGGCUCAGAAACUAGGCGUGCAGUACUUUUCCGAUGCAGAUGAUCUUUGCGAAGAGCAUCCAGAAGUAGUGCUUCUUUGUACUUCCAUUCUUUCUACUGAGAAAGUUCUCAGGUCACUGCCGGUUCAGAGAUUGAAGAGAAAUACUCUGUUUGUUGAUGUACUUUCUGUGAAAGAAGUUCCCAGGAAUUUGUUUCUUCAGAAUCUACCCCCAUAUUUUGAUAUUCUCUGCACGCAUCCGAUGUUUGGACCAGAGAGUGGUAAAAAUGGGUGGAAUUCUCUACCUUUUGUUUAUGACAAGGUUAGGAUUGGAAGUGAUGAAUCAAGAGUAUUGCGAUGUGACAGGUUUCUUGAUAUUUUUGCACAAGAAGGGUGUGAAAUGGUGGAGAUGUCAUGUUCGGAACAUGAUAGGCAUGCAGCGGGAUCACAGUUUAUUACACAUACAAUGGGAAGAGUUUUGGAAAUAUUGGGAUUGGAGUCGACACCAAUCAACACAAAAGGUUAUGAGACUUUAUUGAAGUUGGUGGACAACACAGCAGGGGAUAGCUUUGAGCUUUAUUAUGGCUUAUUCAUGUAUAAUGUAAAUGCAAUGGAACAACUGAAGAGGCUGGACAGGGCUUUUGAAUCAUUAAAGCAGCAGCUUUUUGCACGUUUGCACGGUUUUCAUAGGAAGCAACUGUUUGAGAAUGCUGAUGAAUCUCAAGAUUUGCAAGAAAUACUCUUGUUGCCGAAACUCUCUGAAAAUGGUACUCUGCCAGCAUCUUCUUCACAUGCUCUUAACAACCAAAAUGAUUGAUUCAGUCUUCCAAAAUUUUGGGUUCAAAGGUUAAAGAUAUUGUGGUAACUUAAUCAAAAUCCAAUUAGACUGAUUCCUCAGACUAAAUGACAGUUGGUGUUAUGUACCCGUUCCACACAAAAUGUAGCUGCUUGUUCUCCUUACCAUUGAAUCUAGAGUAACCAUGCUCCAUACUUGCAAAAAGCAAGAUACAGAAAGUUUUUAAGGUGUCUUAUUGUGUAUUUUUCUUUUAGCUUUUGCGGUAAUGCUGUACAUGGAAGAGUGAUUCAAUUUGAGUUGGAUGCAGUACUAGAAGAGGUUCCAAAUUUGGUUGCGGCCUCAUAAUACGUGACAGGGGGAUGAGCGGAGAUAGACACCUUAGUAAUUUAAUGGAAGAACCAUCAAAAUGUUUUGUUCGUUAGAGUAAUAAACUCAGGAGUUAUAUUUUACCUUCCUUGUUAACAUUGGCACUAAUGAAAGAAUUUUAUGCUGUUUUCCUA